GGCUCAAGACAUUCUUGGGAGCUGCAAGGAGACAUAGUUGGCUGGGGUUGAGCUUGGUUCCAAUUUGAGGGAACAGAGGGGUUCCAGCUUGGUCGGGAAGUGCCAAAAGAACCCAGUCCUCCCGCACUUCACAGAGGGAAGAGAAGAUGCGUGGAGCGAUUCCCCUGUGCGUCCUUCUGCACUGCUCUGUGCUGUGCCGCGCUGAGGAGCCCGGGGGGAACUACACUCGGUGCGAAGGCUCUGGCGCCUGCUACAGUGUCCACCUCGCCCAAGUGCCCUUUGGCAGAGCCCAGGAGGCCUGCGCUGUGCGCGGGGGAGCGCUGAGCACGGCCAGCGGGGAGGCAGAGGUGCGGGCCAUCCUCGCCCUGCUGAGAGUGGUUGCAGCCGAGCCCGGCUCCUGGGUGUUCUGGCUCGGGCUGGUCAGGAGACAGCAGCAAUGCACCCGGAGGGAAAGGCCGCUGCGGGGCUUCUCCUGGCUGGCGGCCCCCCAGCAGGCACAGGGAGAGCCCAAGGAACUGGACAAGUGGGUGAAAGAGCCAAGAAGGUCGUGCCUCACCCGGCGGUGCGCUGGGCUGCAGGUCACUGCGGGGCGCCAGGACCUGGAGCCCUGGGGUUGGAAGGAGCGGACCUGCAAGCGCAACACCACCCAAGGCUAUGUGUGUAAGUACCAGUACAACGGCACCUGUCCCGCUCCGCGGCCCCAGGGCGCCCGCAGCCUCCUCUACUCACUCCCUUACCAGCUGCAUAGCGCCGCCCUGGACUUCAGCCCCCCGGGCACUGAGCUCGUGGUGGCCUGCGCCGGGCCCCGGGGAGACGUGCGGCUGCUCUGCGAGCUGGGGCGGAGCGGCUACAACUGGACGGGCGCUGGGGAGCAGCUGUGCCCUUGCCCCUCCGGGUACCAGAGCCCCAGCACUGGAGCCUGCAUGGAGCCCGGAGACUGCACCAGCGCCCACGGCGCUUUCCUCUGCAUGUGCGCCCAGGGCUUCCUCCUGGGGGCCGACAAGAAAUCCUGUGUGCGCCCCGGGCACAUCGGGGGCUCGGCCACAGCGGCACCCGACCCGACCCUGUCUGCGGGGGGGACUGUCGCCAGCAGCAGCUCGGGUGCGCCUUCCCCUCCUUCCAGCCCUCAGCCAAGCACCGCUGGGGAAGUACAGUCCUCCUCCUCCUCCCCCACGUAUGUCUUCAUCCUAGUCGCCCUCGCUGUGGUGACGGUGGUGAUCCUGGUCGGGGCCGUGCUGGUGGUCUUCAAACUCUGCUUCACUAAGAGCGCCUCCUCAGCCAGCGGGGCCGGCAAGGAGCCAGCUCCAGCAGCAGCCCCAGAGAGUGAUCCAGAGGCCACCACCACCAGUUCCGAGAAUUCCCUGGAGGCCCGAGGAGACACGGCAGAGAGAUGGCAGGGCGAGCCCAGCCCGGAGGAGGAAGCUCCACCCGGGAAUUAGGAACCUCUAGGGCACCAUGGAAGCUUAAUUUGAAAUGAACCAGCCCUGACUUUCCUUUCGUGUGAGUGGCCCCAGGCUGAGCUGGCAGUUCCCACUCAUUUGGAGGGAGGCUUCUUCGUGUCAAGGCAUCUCUCUGGAGAAGAAGGGUCUGGCGAUGUUUCAAUGAAACCUUGAAAAUCUCAUCGCCUGGUUCUGUUUUUUAAACGUAUUCAUGUAAAUUGCCACGCUUGGCAGACGUGCCCAUGACAAUGCAUUGACAAAGGAAGGGUCUGGCUGGGAUCUCUGCAACACAGGGUUUGAUGUGGCCUUUAAUGCAUUUAUGCUUUAUGGCCAAAAUGGCCAGACUCCGGUGCUGAAAGUUAGACAUCUAAGCGGCUUGUUUUUCAGGGGUUCUGAGCACCUGCAGCUUCUGGUAAUUUCCCUGGGAGUUUUUAAUCACAUUCUGAAAAGAAGGUCACCUAUUUAGGUGCCUACUUAAAUAAAAUAUAGAGGAUGGGACCUGAGUUUCAGAAGUGCUGAUCACCAGCGUCCUGUUGACUUCAACUGGAGUUUGGGUUCUUAGCAUCUCCUGGAAGCAACCAAGUUUGAAAAUGUGGCCCAAGGUGCCUUACAAGUUGUAAAUUAUCCCUUGACGUAGAAUAUUUGAGUGGUACUUGGGAGCUUUAAUUUUAUUUUUAAUUGUUGUUUGAACAUUUGGAAAUAUACACAUCCAUAAUUUUGGAGGGAACUCAGAUCCAAACACUUCUUAGCCAGACAUUUUUUUUAAUGUUAAAUUCAUUGCUGUAUUUGGAAAAUCAUUAAAUUGCAGAUGGGGAGAUAGGCUAAUGGGGAGUUACUUUUAUAUCAGUCCAUGGAAGAAAAAUAAAAGAUGUUUUAGAACCUAAAUCCCUGUUUAGUUUGCUUCUUCAUACAAUAUGCAGUUUUGUAUUGUAGUUGAGCAACAAAAUAUUCUGCACAAAUGAUUGCACAACUCCCAUUUUUCUAUUAAAGUGUUUAGAUUUAAGGCAGUUUGAUGCAAAACUUCCUGAGUGCAAAUAAGCCAUCCCCAUGAUACCCAGAGUUGCACAACCAGAAUGUUGCCAAAUUUCUCAGGUUAUGACAGUGGGCAUGAGUCCAAGUAUAGCCCAAAUUCUUCUCUUCUUCGUCACAUAAGUUUGAUGUAUUGAUUUCAAUGGGUUUCCCCUGUGAGUAAAGAAUGGAAGGUUUGCCCUCUGUGUGUCCUUCCUAGGUGAUGCAAUCCCUUUGUGAUUUCCUUUCAGAAGUCCCAUAAAUCAGUUAUCAGUCUGGGCACACAACUUACUUUCUUUGCAAUUCAGAAUGCUGAUACUCCCUUCCAAUUAUGGCAUUGUUGAUUCUCAGUUAGGGUAUUAAUGGUAAGUAUUGAUUUGAAGUCUUCUGAGUGCAGUAAGAGAUAGGUAAACUGGAUCACCACCAAAUCUGUUCCACAGAAAACCUUUGCUUCAUUUAAAAGACACAAGAGCUUGGAAAUGUCUGUUUCUUAAACAUUUCCCAUAUUUUUCCCCUAUCCAGACCUGGCCUUUUUUCCCUCUUCCCCUUUGACCCCCUCUUUCCUAAUUUUGAGGAUUUGGCUUCAGAAACAAAGUAAAUUCCUAGACCUUUUUCAUGCAAAGAUAGCUUUGAAAAUGUACACCAACAUAAAGUGAUGCUAUGUAUAAAUAUCUCUUGUCUGUGUGUUCCAUUCUAUGCAUCCGAAGAAGUAAGCUGUAGCUCA